AUGACUGGGUCUAUUGAUGUCCAAGCUCCGGUGCAUGGCGAUGAGAAGGCCGUUAUGCAGCACCAGGAGCACAAGACAGAUGCCGAUGGGAGCUCCAAUGAGGCCGGGCUGCACGAGUCCGAGAAAGACAUUCCUAUGACCUUCCGUCGUUUCAUGGGAUUCACGGCCAUGGCCUUCCUGUGGACUGGCAGUCAGAUCCCUGUCUAUUUAUUUGGUGGCAUUCCUCCCUAUAUCUAUGGCUCCAUUGGCGGGGCAGACCGUUGGAUUUGGUUUGUCCUUGGAAACCUGCUUGCUCUUGCAGGUGUCUGUCCAUUCGUCGGGUCUCUGUCGGACUUGAUCGGUCGUCGCUAUGUCGCCAUUCUUGGAGCCUCCCUCAUCUGCCUUGGUAUGAUCGUGAGUAGCACGGCGAAUACUAUGAAUAUCUUUAUUGCUGGUAUGGCCAUUGCUGGUGCGGGCGCUGGUGUUAAUGAAUUGACUGCUCUGGCCGCAACCUCGGAGAUGGCCCCAACCCGCAAGCGUGGCGUCUACGUUGCUGUCCUCAUCUUCAGCAUCCUGCCCUUCUGCCCGUCUGUGCUGUGGGCUCAACUCAUUGCCGCUCACAGCAACUGGCGCUACGUUGGCGCAUUCUGCGGUGCAUGGAACGGCUUUGGUCUCCUGAUCACGGUCCUCUUCUACAAGCCCCCUCCCCGAGUGAACUCCCUCGGUCUGAGUAAUAAGGAAAUUAUUAGCCGCAUUGAUUUCAUCGGCGGUUUCUUGAGUAUCAUUGGUCUGAUUUUGUUCAUGGCUGGUAUGCAAUGGGGUGGUUAUAUGUACCCCUGGAGCUCUGCUCAUGUCCUUGCUCCCCUCAUUCUCGGCUUCCUUAUGCUAGUUGCCUUUGGCUUCUGGGAGGUCUACGGUGCUAAAUACCCCAUCUUCCCCACCCGACUGAAACAGGAGCCUCGAACCCUGGGUCUGACUCUGGUCAUUACCUUUAUCUCUGGAGCCAACUUCUUCUCUGUGCUCAUGUUCUGGCCCACUGAAUCUUUCAAUGUGUACGGACAUGAUCCGGUUGAUGUCGGUAUUCGCAGUCUGCCUAUUGGUUUCGGCAUCUUGGCUGGUGCCUGUAUCGUGUUGGUCCUUCUUAGUGUGUUCCGAGGACAUAACAAGGAGCUUCUCAUUGUGAGCAGCGUUCUCAUGACAGCUGGCUGUGGUGCUCUUGCGGUCGGUCGCGUUGAUAACAUGUACCAAUUAUGGGGACUUCUCAUCCUAGCCGGUCUUGGAAUUGGUGGAAUUGUCGUUCCCGCGUCAAUCAUCACGACCAUCAUCUGUCCUGAUGAUCUGAUCGCCACCAUUUCCGCUCUCACGCUGUCCAUCCGUGUGGUGGGUGGCAGUGUCGGCUACACCAUCUACUACAACGUCUUCAUCUCCAAGUUCGUUCCGGCAGCGAAGCACUAUAUCGGUGGUGUGAUGAUGACCAAGCUUAACAUCACCAGCGUUGAGGCUAUCACCGAAGCCAUCGAGCUCACUGGUGCUUCUCUGUUGACCGAGAUGCAGAAGAUUCCUGGAAUUGCUGGCAACGAGACCGCUUAUGAGAUGGUGGUCGGGGCAGGCCAGCUUGCGUAUGCCGAGUCCUACAAAUGGGUGUACUAUGUUAGUAUUGCGUUUGGUAUUGUGUCGAUUCUGGCUUCGUGCUUCUUGGGUGAUAUCACCAAGUACAUGGAUGACCAUGUUGCGGUCGUGAUGUAA